AUGUGUUACUAUUGUCACUAUUUAGCAAAUGAUAAAUCAAAUAGUUAUAAUGAUGAUGAGGAUGAUGAGGAUCAAUACGUACGGAAAGAUAUUAAAUAUCGUCGUACAGGAUCAUGUCGUUUAGCUACCAUAUUACGUCUUAUUAGUAUAACAAUUUUUUUUGUUAUGUUCAAUAUAACAAUUGUUCUUUCACAAUCAUCACAAAAUCAGCAAAAUCGAGAUCAAUCAUCAUCAAAAAUUCUUGAACUAAAUUCUCGAGAUUUUUUCACUUCAAAUAAUGUUAAUAAUCAAGGUCGACAACAAACAAAAACUCGUCAAAAUUUUCCUAUUAAAACUUCUCAAUCACCAACAAUUAAUUCGACAGUAUCAAUACCUCCAGCAAAAACAAAACGGUUAACACAUGAAAAACGUCUUAUACGUGAUUUACUUAAUAAUUAUCCAACAAUAUAUGCACGUCCAAUACGUAAUAUAUCACAAUCAUUAACUAUACAAUUUGGUUUAACAUUAACACAAUUAUUUGAUCUUGGUUCAACUGGUCAAAAAAUGCAAACAAAUACAUGGAAAACACUUAUUUGGCAAGAUAUGAAUUUAGUUUGGAAUCCAAGUGAUUAUGGUGGUUUAGCAACAGUAUGUUUACCUGCUGAUUCAAUAUGGACACCGGAUAUUGUUUUAUAUAAUUAUGCUGAUGAACGUUUAAAAGAUUGGCGUGACAUAUCUGCUGUUAUACAAAAUACAGGUGAUAUUUUAUAUGUACCAGCAACUAUGCAAUUUAGUGUUUGUUUUCUUGAUAUAACUAAAUUUCCUUAUGAUCUUCAUCAAUGUUCAUUAUUAUAUCGUUCAUGGACAUAUGAUCAUACAAAAGUUAUGCUUGCAUUUAAAGAAAAUAUACCAGCUAUGGAUAUGUCAUCAUAUUUAAAUUCAAAUGAAUGGAAAGUUGUUGCACUUCCAGCAGUAAAAUCUAUUACACCUGAUGGAUUUUCAUUAUUAACAUAUACAUUGAAUAUUCAACGAAAAGGUGGUCUUUAUGGUUAUAUAUUAAUAUUACCAUGUUUACUAUUAUCUGCAGCAACAAUGGUUGUUUUUUGGAUUCCACCAGAAUCACCAGCAAAAAUGAUUUUAACUGUAUCAAUUUUUUCUGGUCUCUUUCUUCUAUUACUUCUGCUUGCUGAAUCUAUUCCGGGUGGUGGUGGUACUCCUAAUAUUGGUUAUUAUUAUUGUGUCAAUAUGGUUGUCGUUUCUGUAACAGCCGUCCUUGCUACUACUGUCAUACAUAUAUAUGUUCGUGGUGAUCGACGUCAAGGAAUUCCUUUAUCUAUACGUCGUUUUUUUCUUCAAUAUCUUGCUCGUUUAUAUUGUAUGGCACCAAGAACGCCAACAGCAUUAUCUGAUACUGUUUCAUCUCGUUAUGGUUCACCAUCUCCCGGUGCUCUUUUAUUACCCGAACAUAUAUUUUUAACACAUCAUUAUCAUGAGGAAGAAUUUUCUAAAAAACUUAAAUUACUUAAACAACGUUUUCAUGAAUUUCAUCGACAACAACAACAACACGGUUUAACAAAUGAAAAUUCAAUAACAAAUGAAACAAUGUCAGCACUUAGUUUAAAUUUACGUUCAAUUGAAAAUGAUUUAAAAGAAGUUCGUGAUUAUUUAAGACAUAUGAAAAAGAAAAUUGAAAAUAGUGAUCGAGCAAAUAAAAAUGCUGAUGAUUGGAAACAAGUAGCACUUGUACUUGAUCGAACAUUUUUUUUCGCUUAUUUUCUUUGGUUUAUUAUUUCUGUUGUUGUUAUGUUUCCAAAAACAAUUAAUAUAUCACAACCUAAUUGGUCAACAACUAAUUUAGCAACAUCAGAAAAUGCUACUCUUGCUACAAACAAUUUUACAUUGAUUUAA